AUGGGCAUCCUGUUGGGCGUCAUCGGUUGGCUGCUCAAGGAACUCCUCUUCCCAGGCGCUGUGGCCCAGCCUCCCGUGGCCUCCAUCGCGUCUCGCAAGCGCACGCCCGUCGAGCCGCGCGAUUUCAGCCCCGACGAGCUGCGCAAGAUGAACGGCACCAACGGCAACCCCGUCUAUGUGGCCGUGCUAGGCGUGGUCUAUGAUGUGUCGAGCCGUGCAUCCUUCUACGGCCCCGGCGGACCCUACCACAUCUUUGCUGGCCGUGACGCAGCGCGUGCGCUGGCCCUGGGCAGCCUCGAGGAGAAGGACGUGGAGGCGCCCUACCCCAAGCUCGAUGAUCUGCAGCCCUCCGAAAGGGAAGCCCUCAACGACUGGAUUGGGUCCUACCAGGCCAAGUACGAGGUGGUCGGCCGCAUCAUUCCCUCGGCCAACUCCAUCGCGUCGUCGCCCUCUGACUAA